AUGGAACGUCAGGUACAUGUCCGAGUCGUGCGUCCUAACGAAUACCCAAAUGAAGGUCCUGACACUAAGCUUUACAUAAAGUUGAACUUCUGCCUUUUACAACCCUACUUCCGCGAGCCUGUUCGUGAGGACCAAAAACAAUGCAUUGCGAUGGCCAUCAUCAAAAUUCUCAAGGAACGUCUCGAGGCCUGCUGCGUAGAGGAGAACCUGGAAAACCACAAGCAUACAUGUCAUAUUGUCCAGAUGACUUUCGAUAGAGCCUUGAAGCCAGGCGACGAUGUGGAAAACGUUGAAUUUGUCUUGGGUAUUUUCCGGGAAGCUAAAGAGCACCUCAAAUGGCUGUCUCGCGUGGCAUGGGCAAAGCCUAUAUUUUAUCCUUUCGAAGGCCCGGGACCCCACGCAGUCUCAAACAACCCAGCAGUGCAUUCCCUCUAUCGUAUAACCAGCAAAACACAUCUUCUCAAUAUCGCCUACUGUUACAGGAAGUUUCAAGUUACGAUUGAAAAAUUUUUAAAUACUUGCGACAGUCCCCACCCUAGCUACCCAUUCGGCUCUUUUCCAGGCAGCUGCCGUCCUCCGAUAUCGCCCUUUGUAAACUACCGCGAUAAUCGCCACCCUACGAGCGCGACGGUCAAUAUGUGCAACUGGCUCAGGAGGGGUUCCACUGCAGAACAAGAUGAAGAGCAACGGGCGCGCGAUGUGGCUCGCGCUGAGGCCCGUGAACAACGCGAGCAAGAACUCAUGAACACCGCCUACGAAACAUUACUAGCCCAAGAUCCAUCGCCGCCUCGCAGCCUUGUCGGAGUCCUGGUCUGUUAUCCUGAAAAUAGCAGGUUCAAUCUUAAUAGACGGCGUGAUGUUGGCCGCUACCUUCGAAAUGCUAUCCAUGACCGUGUUCAUGCCCGCCUCCCACGUUCUGAGCCUGCAUUUCAUCUUCAUGAGUGUCGAAUCAUGGCGGUGAUUCUGAAGGACGACGGCAGAUACCCACAGACAUCUCAGGAUUUCAUUAAUCACCUGAAUCGGAGGGCUCUCGAUGCUGUCAAUGCAAAAUUGGUUCCUAGCCAUCCAAACCAUCGAAUCCAAUAUUCAUUCGUCACAGAUGGUCUUAUGCUGGCCCUGGUCCGUCUUCCGGUUGAAAGUCGUCGGAACGGCCUCGCUCUUCGCUUUUUUUCUUACCCUUGA